CAAAUAUAUUUUUAAAUGUUUGUUUAUAGGGAUGAAGAUAAUGAUUUAAAGUCAAAGUUAAGGCAGAAAUUAACAAGGGAGUCUGAUGAUUUUUUAGGGCAAACUAUUAUUGAAGUUCGAACUCUUAGUGGUGAAAUGGAUGUUUGGUAUAAUUUAGAGAAAAGAACUGAUAAAUCUGCUGUAUCUGGUGCUAUAAGGUUACAUAUCAGUGUAGAAAUUAAGGGAGAAGAGAAAGUAGCUCCAUAUCAUGUUCAGUAUACUUGUUUGCAUGAGAAUCUUUUCCAUUACCUUUGUGAACAAAAUGGAGGAGUUGUAAAAUUGCCAGAAGCCAAAGGAGAUGAUGCGUGGAAAGUAUAUUUUGAUCAACCCACUCAAGACAUAGUAGAUGAAUUUGCCAUGAGAUAUGGCAUUGAGUCAAUUUAUCAAGCAAUGACACACUUCCACUGCCUUUCAACAAAAUAUAUGUGCCAAGGAGUUCCAGCUGUAAUGAGCACAUUGCUGGCAAAUAUUAAUGCUUACUAUGCACACACUGCUGCUUCCUCUGCAGUUUCUGCAAGCGAUAGGUUUGCUGCAUCAAAUUUUGGAAAAGAAAAAUUUGUUAAACUUCUGGACCAACUUCAUAAUUCUCUCAGGAUAGAUCUCUCCAUGUAUCGCAAUAAUUUUCCGGCCUCAAGUUCAGAAAAACUUCAGGAUUUGAAAUCCACUGUAGAUCUUUUAACGAGCAUAACAUUCUUCAGAAUGAAGGUACAAGAACUUUCCAGUCCACCUCGUGCCAGCACGGUUGUAAAAGAUUGUGUUAAAGCUUGUCUGCGUGCUACAUACCAAUUCUUGUUUGAGAAUUGCUAUGAAUUAUAUUCAAGAGAAUUCCAAGUAGAGCCACAAGAACAAAAAUCUAAAGACGGUUCAAAUCAAAUGGGUGCUGAUGAUCACGGACCUAGCUUACACAAUCUUGAUUUUUGGCACAAGUUAAUUGCUCUGAUGGUAUCAGUUAUAGAAGAAGAUAGAAACAGUUAUACACCUAUAUUGAAUCAGUUUCCACAAGAGCUCAAUGUUGGACAACUCAGUGCUGCCACCAUGUGGAGUUUAUUUGCAGUUGAUAUGAAAUAUGCUCUAGAAGAACAUGAACAACACAGGUUAUGUAAAAGUUCUGCCUACAUGAAUUUACAUUUUAAAGUGAAAUGGUUUUACAAUAAUUAUGUAAAGGAUGUUCCACCGUAUAAAGACACAGUACCAGAAUAUCCAUCUUGGUUUGAACCAUUUGUUAUGCAGUGGUUGAAUGAAAAUGAUGAUGUUUCCCUAGAAUACCUCAACAGUGCCUUCCUCCGUGAUAAGAAGGAUGGCUUCCAGCAAAGCUCAGAACAUGCACUCUUCUCCAAUUCUGUAGUGGAUGUUUUUACUCAGCUGACUCAGUGUUUUGAUGUAAUUAGCAAACUAGAAUGUCCUGAUCCUGAAAUAGUAAAGAGAUAUAUGAAAAGAUUUGCCAAGACGAUAGUGAAAGUUCUGACAGCAUAUGCUGAUAUUGUUAAGAGAGAAUUUCAAAAUUAUGUCAGUCAAGAGAAAACAGCUUGUAUAUUAAUGAAUAAUAUCCAGCAGUUAAGAGUACAACUAGAGAAAAUGUUUGAAUCAAUGGGAGGUGAAAAGUUGGAAUCUGAUGCUGCUACAAUAUUGAAAGAAUUGCAACAGUCCUUAAACACUGUACUUGAUGACUUAAGUGUUGUUUUUGCUCAAAGCCUGGAAGGUACUAUAAAACAAAGUAUGCAGGAAUUAAGUGCAUUACUUGCAGCCGUGAAAGGCACUGGCCAAGUAUCCAUGAAUCAGCAGUCUCAACGCAACGAAGUCAUUGCAGAAGCUGAUCAUAUUUUGCAUCCAUUGAUGGAUAUUUUAGAUGGAAAACUGUCCAUGUUUGCCCACGAAUGUGAACGUACAGUUCUGAAACGUUUGUUGAAAGAAUUGUGGAAGAUAGUAAUUCACACUAUGGAAAAAACAGUUGUGUUGCCUCCAAUUUCAGAAAAGAAUGUUAUCCUUCCUAAUUUGCCAAAUGCAAAAAUUGAAGAUGUGGGUCGCCUCUUCCGUAACCAUGUAACAGCAAACAAAUUACCAGCUCUUGGAGUGAUGGAAGUAGAAAAGAAUUUGAGUCCCAAGCAAUGUGCAGUAGUUGAUGUUGCAUUAGAUACUAUUAAACAAUAUUUCCAUGCUGGUGGAAAUGGACUUAAGAAAGCAUUUUUAGAUAAAAGUGCAGAAUUACAAUCCUUGAGAUAUGCCCUCUCUCUGUAUACUCAAACUACAGAUACCUUGAUUAAAACAUUUGUUACCUCUCAGACCAAACAAGAUUCCUUAACUGCAGAAGAAGGUAGUGUAGGAGAAGUAUCUAUUCAGGUAGAUUUGUUUACUCAUCCAGGAACAGGAGAACAUAAAAUUACAGUAAAAGUUGUGGCUGCAAAUGAUUUGAAGUGGCCAAGUACCAGUAUGUUCCGCCCAUUUGUUGAAGUAAAUCUGAUAGGCCCUCAUCUCAGUGACAAAAGAAGGAAGCAUGCCACAAAGUCUAAAAAUAAUAACUGGUCCCCCAAGUACAAUGAAACAUUCCACUUUAUUAUUGGAAAUGAAGAAGAACCUUCCUCAUUUGAACUACAUAUAUGUAUAAAGGAUUAUUGUUUUGCUCGUGAUGAUAGAUUAGUUGGGGUUGCAGUCAUGCAGCUGUUAGAUAUUGUUGAUCAAGGUAGUUGUGCUUGUUGGCUUCCUCUUGGAAGAAGAGUUUAUAUGGAUGAGACUGGAUGGACUGUAUUACGUAUACUGUCUCAACGUACAAAUGACGAAGUUGCUCGUGAAUUUGUGAAAUUAAAGUCUGAUGUUCGAAAUGAUGAAAAUAUUCAACAACAGGUGUAGAUGGUGCUGAUUCUUUCUGACUAUGGAAAUGAAUAAACCUUUAAGGAAUAAUUAGAAGUCAGAUAUCCUUAUAUUUGCUCAUUUGGGAGAAGAAUGAACCUUUUGUUAUUAAGUGGUACUAUUGAUGUUAUUUAUAGUCCCAUUUUCAAUAAUAUGUCAAAAACACACAACAAAAACGGAAAAAAUUCAGCUAACAUCCCUUAAUGAAAUUUGUGUAUGUUUAUAAUGUCAUAUAUGUAUAUAUUUUUAAAUAUAUAUAUAUAUGUUCAUACAAAGACAUACACAUAUAUAGUCAUCAUAGCUUUAUAACAAUAUAUUCUAAGGUCCACCAAUAGAAAAAUCUUUAAUCUUUAUUGAUUGAUGUUAACAGACCAAUGUUCUAAUAUUGUUAUCCAUAUUCUUUUCUCAAUCAUCAAAUUUUUUACUGAUGUAUUCUGUACUGAUGCAGUGUUUCAUGGCAGGGAUCUAGAUAUCAACUUUAGUUUAAAAGAAGACAAAAUUAGAUGGAUCCUGUCAUGCUUGAUCAGUCAUCAAUCAAGACUCAAUUCAUUCUCCAAAAAAAAAAUAAAAAAGACUUAAAACAACAAAUAAAGGUGACGAUAUUAAAAAAAAAAGCUGAAUUCCAGAUUCUAUUUUUUAUAUUGCAUCAUUGUGAAGGUAGAAGAGUAGACUAUUAGAGGUAAUGGCAGUGUCCCAGAAAAUAGCCAUCUAUUGUGCUGCUAAUUAUAUGUGUCGUUCAAUGCACCAACUGCCAUGUUGCCCAGCACAGUAAUCUUAAAUCAUCCUUUUAUUUUUCUGUCAUUGUUCCUCCUAAAGCUGUGCCAAUUGAAUGUUUGGUUAACUAGUGUUAAUCAAAACAAGUCACCAUAGAAAUUCGUCUCUAUGUUAGUUUAUUGGUUUUGAAAAAAAUAAAAAGAAAAUUUUAGAUAAUAAAAAAGGGUUUAUGGGAAAUCUCAAUCUCUUGAAAUUGAUGUGUAGUUCUUACAGUCUCUGCAAUAUCUCUGUAUUAGUUAUAAUUAGUAAUAUUAAGACAGAAUUUGUAGUAUGGGAAGAGAAUAGAUUUGAUGCAGUUGGAAUUUCUGUCUAACUGUGCUUCCCGCAAUGAAAUUGAAACAAACUAUGCAUGUCAAAAGGAAAACUAUCUCUUUAUAGACAAUUCCAUAUUUCUUCCAUUGGAAUGUCAUUCUUUUUUUCAGUAUAAAAAUAAAUAAAUAUAUAAAUAUAUAUAUACACAAAUAUAUAUAUAUAUUAUCUAAAUUUUAUUGCUUCUCCAACCAUUUUGCACAACUUCCAAAAUUGUGUUCUAAUCUAAGGAAAAAAAUAUGUGCUGUAAGAUAUCUUGAGGUCUUUAUCUAGUCAUUUUUAUUAGGAGAGUUUAAGGUAAGAAAUAAUGAAUGAACUUUGAAAGUUCAAAUUGAGAGUGCCCUUAAAAAGUUCAGGUCCAUUUUGUUUGUUGUUUAAUUUGAUUUAUUUCUGCACUUCACAAAAAAUUCAGUGUAGUUUAUAUUUUACAAAUAAGAUGUUAAUCACCUGGAUGCCUUACACUUCAUGGGUUUAGGGUUGAAGUAUGCAAGUCAUGCACAGGUUAUUGUGAUAAAUAUCAUCGGGUUUUUUUGUGGUACUUUUGUUGUGUCUUACACAGUGUACUAUAAGACUUAUUUUACACAGAUUGCAAUAUUAUGUGCAUUGUAUUCUGUAUAUACAUACAUAUAUAUAUGAAUGAGGGAAAGAAAAUAAUUACAUACAAUAUAUUUCUCUAAAAUUAAAUUUAUUUUUUUCUAGUCAUAUUUGUAAAUUUUUUGUUAUUGUUAAUGUUUAUUUAAAUAAUAGGAUCUCAUUAAAGAUUAUAAUUAUAUAGAAUCUAUUAAGUAUUAUAUAAAGUCAUUCAGAUAUUGCAUAUGUUUGGUGCAUAUGUAAAAAUUACAAUUUCCUUGUAUGAUAUAUUGAAAUAUGGUAAAAUUAGGGAAUGUGUAAAAUACCCACCCUGUAUCUCCAACGUAUUGCAGUAUUUUUAAGUGCAUAUCAAUAAUGUAAUUUCAUUUAAAAAGUGAAGAAGGAAACUCAUUGCACAAUUAACGUCAGUUGGUGGAUCCUCUGGAAAAUAUAAUAAAAAAAAUGAUUUUUUUUAAUUGUGUAAUAUAAAUUAACAUUUUAAGAACUGAUUGGACGAUUAGAUCUUUAGAUGAUAUUUUGAAAUGUGCAAUAUAUACAAACUGUGUAUCCAAUUUUCCUAUCACUUGUAUUCCAUCCUAGUGUUAGAUGUGGGUACAGGAGUGGGAUUCAAAAAUUGCCAUAAAAAGGGGUAACUAAUUGAUAUUCUGCAAUAGACCUGUUUUAUUAUAUGAUAUUUAAAUAAAUCUUUAAAUUCCAACAAGAGUGAAUACAAAUUUAGCAAGUGAUCCUGUUGGAAACUAUAUUGUAAUUUUUAAGUUAUAUUUCUUGUUAAAAAUGUGUAAUUGAUAUUACUGGGAACAAUAUUUUUUUGCUGUUGUUGUUAUAAACUAUUACUUCUCAGUACUUCCAACUGUUCAUGAUUAAAUUAUAAUCUGUGGAUAAAUUAUAUAUACUGUAUAUUUCAUGUUUAUGCAUGUUCCUAUAUGGUGCAAUGUGGAUAAACACCAUCUCUGUCAAGUUUUCAGAAAAUUUCAAAAUAUUAUUUAGAGUACUGAUGUGCCUGAGAUAAAAGCCAAGAGCAUGAAUUGUUCUACAAUGUAUAUAAAUAUAUAUCUAUAUAUUACUUCUCCCUCGUUUCUUACAUUUUUGAAUGUACCCCCUUUUAUUGUAUAGCAAUAUAGAAAAAUUUUAUGUGCUAAUUGGAAGCAUGUGAUAUUCCUAUUGAUAAUAUAACAUAUCUUAAAACCUAUAAAAAAAAAAAAAAAGCAUUUUGGGCAAUAUUAAUU